AGUUAAGUUUAAGCGACGACAGAGUAUAUUUUAAAGUUCCAGUAUUAAGUUGUGAGUAAUCCUUCGAAUAGGAGUGGUCGUUAGCGCUAAAACACUGAAAACAGUAUACAAUAAAUUUUUUAUCUGUACUUGCAAUACAUAUAUAUUUUUUUAAAAAAGUUUAAAAAUGGCAUCACCUGCUUUAAAAGAUCUUCCAAAAGUUGCUGAAACCCUUAAAAGCCAACUCGAAACCUUCAAUCCUGAUAAAUUGAAGAAUGCCAAUACUCAGGAAAAAAUCAUUUUGCCAACAGCAGAAGAUGUUGCAGCAGAAAAAACUCAAAAAUCUCUUUUUGCUGGCAUCGAAGGCUUUAAUCCAUCCAAUUUAAAACAUACUGAAACUCAGGAGAAGAAUCCAUUGCCAGACAAAGAAGCCAUCGAAAAGGAGAAGGAGAAAAAUAAUUUCAUUGCUGGCAUUGAAAAUUUCGAUUCGAAAAAAUUGAAACAUACUGAGACAUGCGAAAAGAAUCCAUUGCCAACCAAAGAGGUAAUCGAGGAGGAAAAAAGAGGUUAAAGAAAGUCAUGCAAGCAUGAAUCAAAUACUACAUUAAAUCAUAAACACAUAAUAAUUAUAAUAAAAAAAAAUUUAAAACAACAACAAAACAUAAAAUUUACAACAACAUCAUCAUCAACUACAACAGCAACAACAGCAACAACAGCGAAAAACAAAAUCUAAACAUGCCGCAGCCGGUGCUGUGGCAAUCUCAGCAGCCGUACCAGUAGCAAUUGCAAACGCAUAUUGCAUACACUGCUGGUUGACGUAUUUUUUUACUCAUUCCUAAUAUCUAAUAUUACUGAAAGAAGACAUACUUUACUUUGUAAAAGCAUUUAUAAUUUUGCGUACAUAAAUAUUUAUAUAUCGAAGAAAAAAAAAUAAGAAAAGAAAUAACAUUUUCAUACAAAAUUUUAUAAAACUC